GUUGGCUCUGUUAUCGGAACCUCAGUAGGCCAGCUGACAGCAAUAAUUGCUCCAAGAAAAAUAUUAAUUAAUACAAAAGAAAACAAAGUCACCGUUGGAAAAACUAUCAGACCAUUGGGCUAGGCUCAAUCAACGGAAUUAACAAAAGAAAAAUAUAUUAAAAUUCACCAAAAAAAGCACCAAAAAAAAGAAUAAUGGUUUGUGUACCGUGUUUUAUCAUUCCGCUCUUGUUGUACAUAUGGCACAAAUUUGUACAACCCAUUCUCCUAAGAUAUUGGAAUCCCUGGGAGAAAAAGGACGCGGACGGGAAUGUAAUUAAGAAGGCGCCCGAAUUCCCGUUCGAGUGCAAGGGCGGUGUAUGUCCUUUCGUACCGGGUGCGAAAAAGGUCAACGACUCGAACGCCCCCGAGGACCAGCAGGAGGACAAUCCAGGCCCGGUGAAUCCGCAUGAAAGUGUGGAAUCUACAGCAGCAGCAACCACAUCAAGCAACCCGGAAGAUGAAACCAAAAAGCAAAUCUAG